GUCUUGAACUCCAGGGUAAGUUCUGUUGCUGCUCCUACCUAGCUCACUCUCCAUGGCACAGAAGCUACAAGAAGCACUUGCUCAUGUGUCCCGUAAAAUGUGACUGAUGGCAUGUCUGAAUUUGAUCCACCAGCUCAUGUCUGAGGAUGGCUCCUCUGGGUUUGUCAUAUCUCGCUGUAGGGCUGAGUCAGCUUUCACUUCACUUGCAGAGACUUCUCUCUGGCUAAGUAAGCUUGGAUCAUGGCAAGGAAAAAGAACUUUGCCAGAUAUCAACUGAUUCUUCAGGACUUUAAACUGUGUGGUGUGAGGCUUUAGGGCACUGCAUUUCUUUUUUGACGCCUACUCUGAGGUAAGAGAAGGGGAAACUCCACUGAAAUUAAGGGGUGCACACCAGAGCAGGCUGUGUGAUUACAGUGAGCCAUGACAGCCCCUUCUUCACAUUUCAACCUGUGUUCAGUGAGGGCUUAACUGCUUUUUGAUUUUAAUCAACUGCAGGAGAUAAUCCCAACAGUGAAAAAGGAGAGAUUCUGGCCUAAAGCACAGUGAUUGAUCUCUCCUGACCUCAGAUCCUGUUUGGUCCUUACUCUCUUUUAAAAUGAGUCAGCUGAUGAAGAAAGAUGGGAAGUUAACAAGGAGCCUCAUCUGUGACACGUGGAAAUCCUGAUGGAAAAAUGUGAACCAGCUUCCCAUCUGUUUCAUCCUCAUCUAGAACUAAGAGAAGGAAGGUUAAGACAGAUCCUGGGAAAUGGGGAACACGAGCAGCGAGCGGGCGGGGCUGGAGCGCCAUGGGCACAAAGGAGCCCGAGGGGACGGCACAGGAGGAGCCACCAAGGAGGGGGACCGGCCAAAGAUCCUCAUGGACAGCCCUGAGGAUGCAGACUUGUUCCACUCAGAGGAAAUGAAGGCUCCAUUGGAGAAAGAGGAAUUUCUGGCUUGGCAGCAGGACCUGGAGGUGAACGAUAAAACCCCCACUCAGGCUCGGCCCACGGUGUUUCGCUGGACUGGAGGAGGGAAAGAAGUUUAUUUGUCAGGGUCCUUCAACAACUGGAGCAAAAUUCCCCUGACAAGGAGUCACAAUAACUUUGUGGCAAUCCUGGACCUGCCAGAAGGAGAGCACCAGUACAAGUUCUUUGUGGAUGGGCAGUGGACACAUGAUCCUGCAGAGCCAGUAGUAACCAGCCAGCUGGGUACUGUCAACAACAUCAUCCAGGUGAAGAAAACUGACUUUGAAGUAUUUGAUGCUUUGAUGGUGGACUCCCAGAAAUGUUCAGACAUGUCUGAGCUGUCAAGUUCACCCCCAGGACCAUAUCACCAGGAGCCCUAUGUUUGCAAGGCAGAGGAACGCUUUAAGUCACCACCUAUUCUCCCCCCACACCUGUUGCAGGUCAUCCUGAACAAGGACACAGGCAUUUCUUGCGAUCCCGCUCUGCUCCCUGAACCCAACCACGUCAUGUUGAACCACCUCUACGCGCUUUCCAUCAAGGAUGGAGUGAUGGUGCUCAGUGCUACACAUCGUUACAAGAAGAAAUACGUGACUACUUUGCUGUACAAGCCAAUAUGAGCAUCAUAGUUGUUUGUGACCAAUUGUUCUGGGCCAGUGCAGUCUCAGAAAAAAAUGCUUCACUUAACCAAACAUACUUCUGCUCUGUGCUGUAGCAAAUGAACUCUGAUUUCAUAUUGUUUCUGAGACUUCCAGGUUCUCCCGUAUUUGCCUUAUUUUCCUAGUACCACCCUGGAAGUUCUUGGAAAUGGCAGCUUCAUGGCAACUACACAGGUGGCAAAGGUGUCAGUGCCCAUUGUCAGCUCAGUUAAAAAACCACCAGUUUAAUUAGGCUGCAAAAUGUGAGGGCAGCAGCAGAUCAAAGAGCUUUAGCAGCAGGGCAGGCUCUGAGUCUGCCAGCCCAAAGUCUAGAAAGUUCAGGAUUCUUGUGGAAUCUGAUUUGAGCAUAACACUCAGCAAAAGCAAGCUUAUUACUGCUUCCAUAGCUCAUCAAACACAAUCAUUUCAGUAGCAAGUUCCAAACUUGCGUGGCUGAAGUAAGUGUGAAUAUUGAUGAUCUGUUUUUGUAGCAGCCUUUUCUGGGCAAAAUCAGCAACAUAAUCACCUACAAGCUCGUUAUUAUUUUACGGUAGACUGGGGUGCACGGUUUCUACUGUGAAUAGCUCUGUAGUUUUUCUCUUCAGGAGAACUGAAAUACUUUUCCCCUGUGGAAUUUCUGGUAAAGACAAUUGUUUUUAAUGGCUGGAUUUUUCUGUAAAUCGUAAAUGUGUCUUGGCAGUAAUCUGCUUUUUGAAACCGGUUUCUCUUGCUGUCACUGAUGAGGACUUCCUUAAGCUGGCAUAGGUAGCUGUAAGGAAAUGGAUGGACUCAGUUUAGGAAUUAGUUCCUCAGUAAGAGCCUGAAGGUGACUGUAAGUGUCCUGUGUCCCAGUGGCCAAACUUGCCCCUCGGUGUCCGCAGUUGCAGCCUGUUGGCUGCAGCAGCACCGCAGCCCUCUGUGCCAGGGCUGGAGCUGGGCAAUUUUUUAUUCUGUUUCUGUUUUCUGAGUGAUCAAAGUAAUGCCAGGCUGCCUGUACUUGAUACUCACAGCCUGUUUUAUCCCAAAACAAAUGCAACAUUAAUGCAAACCUGCUGCCAGUGUGCCCCAGGCCUGCCUGGGAUGGGCCCUGCUGGGCCCUUCCCUUGGCUUGUGUUGGUGCCUGGGGCACCGUGACUGUGCCAAUGAUAACCAGCCCUGUCCCACUGUGGGGAGAGCACCCUGCACUGAUCUGUGAGGAGUCUGAGUGGGGCCAGAGCUGCAGCAGAGUGGACCAGCCACAGAGGGAGGCUGGUUUGCCAUCCUGGGGUCUGUUCACCAGCCUUGUUGCAAUAUCUCCAGUAGCCGAGUUAGACCUGGGUCCAGUGCAAUGGUUUUCUCUGAAAACUCUUUUCUUCAUUCUGUGCUAUGGAUAGUAUUUGGUAUUCUGAACUACAGAAUUGCUUUUGUUUUCAGCCUCUUUAGAAACAAAUAAAACAUUUUCAAGAGAA